CAAAACGCGUCUCAAAAAACUGCCCAUUCCCUAGACAAAUGCCAUCUGCAAUGAAACACUCCGAUCACAACGGCGGAAUUUCAAGGAGACAUGGGGUCAGUCGACCCGACACUCUGCUCGUUUGCCAGGAAUACUACUACAAUGCCAUGGUCUAGACCUGUUGUACAAGGUUGUCGCCUGUUCCCAGAUGUUAGACAAUGCCUUCAGCCCUCGGGUAGAUCCACGAGUAAGAAUCAAAACUGGUCUCCAGGAUGACUGCCGCCCUCGUGUUGGUUCCAAUUCCUGGGGACAUUCAACCUCACUUGAAUGGCUC